AGCUCCUAUAAAAUUGAGAAACCAAUGUAGCGUCGCGUUUAGUGACGGUAUUUAUGACCCCUGGGAAAAUUGUGAAGUUUCCCAGUAACAUAAGAGAGUACAUAAAGGGAGUACACAAGAGGUGAACAUAGGAGAGCACAUAAGAGGAGAACAAAGGAGAGCACAUACGAGGAGUAUAUAAGGGGAGUACAUAAGGGGAAUAUUUAAGAGAGUUCAUAAGGGGAUCACAUAAGAGAGUUCAUAACAGGAGUACAUAAGAGGAAUACAUAGGAGAGUAUAUAAGAAAGAGAGUUCAUAAAAGGGUACAUAAGGGAAAUAUAUAAGAGAGUACAUAAGAGGUGUACACAGGGGGAGUCCGUAAGAGGAGUACAUAUGGAAAGUAUAUAAGAGAGUGCAUAAGAGAGUACAUAACUUUUCCCAGGUUGAGAAUAAUGUGGCGGAGGUACACUAUAUGUAGAGAUUUGCCAAAAUUUUUCGCUCGAAAAUGGCGAUCGAGUGUGGAGGUCUGUCUGCGCCGUGUGGUGCCGGUGGCGCGGCAGUACCUGCGUGGUGGAGUGUAUCAUGGCGUGUAUGGAGUGGGUGUCGAGGUCGGCGCGGCAGUACCUGCGUGGUGGAGUGUAUCAUGGGGUGUAUGGAGUGGGUGUCGAGGUCGGCGCGGUGUGGCGCGGCAGUACCUGCGUGGUGGAGUGUAUCAUGGGGUGUAUGGAGUGGGUGUCGAGGUCGGCGCGGUGUGGCGCGGCAGUACCUGCGUGGUGGAGUGUAUCAUGGCGUGUAUGGAGUGGGUGUCGAGGUCGGCGCGGCAGUACCUGCGUGGUGGAGUGUAUCAUGGGGUGUAUGGAGUGGGUGUCGAGGUCGGCGCGGUGUGGCGCGGCAGUACCUGCGUGGUGGAGUGUAUCAUGGGGUGUAUGGAGUGGGUGUCGAGGUCGGCGCGGUGUGGCGCGGCAGUACCUGCGUGGUGGAGUGUAUCAUGGCGUGUAUGGAGUGGGUGUCGAGGUCGGCGCGGUGUGGCGCGGCAGUACCUGCCUGGUGGAGUGUAUCAUGGCGUGUAUGGAGUGGGUGUCGAGGUCGGCGCGGUGUGGCGCGGCAGUACCUGCGUGGUGGAGUGUAUCAUGGCGUGUAUGGAGUGGGUGUCGAGGUCGGCGCGGUGUGGCGCGGCAGUACCUGCGUGGUGGAGUGUAUCAUGGCGUGUAUGGAGUGGGUGUCGAGGUCGGCGCGGUGUGGCGCGGCAGUACCUGCGUGGUGGAGUGUAUCAUGGCGUGUAUGGAGUGGGUGUCGAGGUCGGCGCGGUGUGGCGCGGCAGUACCUGCGUGGUGGAGUGUAUCAUGGCGUGUAUGGAGUGGGUGUCGAAGUCGGCGCGGUGUGGCGCGGCAGUAUCUGCGUGGUGGAGUGUAUCAUGGCGUGUAUGGAGUGGGUGUCGAGGUCGGCGCGGUGUGGCGCGGCAGUACCUGCGUGGUGGAGUGUAUCAUGGCGUGUAUGGAGUGGGUGUCGAGGUCGGCGCGGUGUGGCGCGGCAGUACCUGCGUGGUGGAGUGUAUCAUGGCGUGUAUGGAGUGGGUGUCGAGGUCGGCGCGGUGUGGCGCGGCAGUACCUGCGUGGUGCAGUGUAUCAUGGCGUGUAUGGAGUGGGUGUCGAGGUCGGCGCGGUGUGGCGCGGCAGUACCUGCGUGGUGGAGUGUAUCAUGGCGUGUAUGUAGUGGGUGUCGAGGUCGGCGCGGUGUGGCGCGGCAGUACCUGCGUGGUGGAGUGUAUCAUGGCGUGUAUGGAGUGGGUGUCGAGGUCGGCGCGGUGUGGCGCGGCAGUACCUGCGUGGUGGAGUGUAUCAUGGCGUGUAUGGAGUGGGUGUCGAGGUCGGCGCGGUGUGGCGCGGCAGUACCUGCGUGGUGGAGUGUAUCAUGGCGUGUAUGGAGUGGGUGUCGAGGUCGGCGCGGUGUGGCGCGGCAGUACCUGCGUGGUGGAGUGUAUCAUGGCGUGUAUGGAGUGGGUGUCGAGGUCGGCGCGGUGUGGCGCGGCAGUACCUGCGUGGUGGAGUGUAUCAUGGCGUGUAUGGAGUGGGUGUCGAGGUCGGCGCGGUGUGGCGCGGCAGUACCUGCGUGGUGGAGUGUAUCAUGGCGUGUAUGGAGUGGGUGUCGAGGUCGGCGCGGUGUGGCGCGGCAGUACCUGCGUGGUGGAGUGUAUCAUGGCGUGUAUGGAGUGGGUGUCGAGGUCGGCGCGGUGUGGCGCGGCAGUACCUGCGUGGUGGAGUGUAUCAUGGCGUGUAUGGAGUGGGUGUCGAGGUCGGCGCGGUGUGGCGCGGCAGUACCUGCGUGGUGGAGUGUAUCAUGGCGUGUAUGGAGUGGGUGUCGAGGUCGGCGCGGUGUGGCGCGGCAGUACCUGCGUGGUGGAGUGUAUCAUGGCGUGUAUGGAGUGGGUGUCGAGGUCGGCGCGGUGUGGCGCGGCAGUACCUGCGUGGUGGAGUGUAUCAUGGCGCGUAUGGAGUGGGUGUCGAGGUCGGCGCGGUGUGGCGCGGCAGUACCUGCGUGGUGGAGUGUAUCAUGGCGCGUAUGGAGUGGGUGUCGAGGUCGGCGCGGUGUGGCGCGGCAGUACCUGCGUGGUGGAGUGUAUCAUGGCGUGUAUGGAGUGGGUGUCGAGGUCGGCGCGGUGUGGCGCGGCAGUACCUGCGUGGUGAAGUGUAUCAUGGCGUGUAUGGAG